AAAAGCUUUUAAAAUAGAUGUUAUCCUUUUUCUGCGAUGAUGAUAGCAACUGAUAUUGUUUCAGCUGGAAUAAAUGCAUCUGUGGUGAUGUUGUACGCAAUGUUCAUAGCCAUGUUCACAAUCGGAUGGGUCAACUUGAACAACUGCUCCAUAAAUCGAAUGAUACCAAUUUACUUGAUAGUAGCAGGCUUUGUGGGUGGUGUUGCAAAAUUUUUAACAAAAAUAGAAAAUAGAUUUGCAUUCAAUCUGGCGAUGGUAUUGGUUAUAUUCGACAUAUUCUGGCAUGGUGUAGGCACUUAUGUGGUUUACAAGGAAUACCAACCCAAUUACGACUCAAAGCUAGGACCGUACUGCAAUCGCACAGCUUAUUUGCUGGCAUUCUGGAUAUUGACAUUCCAAUAUACCUUAUUGGGAAUGUUCAUACUGAUAUCGCUUUGCUACAUGCUCAUGAGGAACGACUUCAAUAAGUACAUUAAAAAGCCGGUAACGCUAUUUUGAACUAUACCCGAGUGCUAAAACUUCGUUGAUAUUUUUCAUAAGUCGGUGUGUUAAUGGCAAAAAUCAAACAAACUGUAAAUAAGUGUGAAUGUGGAUGCAACAAGAUGGAGAGUUGCUAGUAAUAGUAAUAGAUGCAUCAUGGAGGAAUUGCCUGGUGAAAAAUUAACCCAACUGAAGCUGUCACCAGAAAAAAAUUCCAUUGACGAACCCUUUUUAAAACGACAUGACACAGUUGAGGGAGCCGCUCUCUAUGGAGGGAAUAUCCAUCAAUAGAAUAUCGCGCACAUGGUGACCGGAGACACAAUUUGGCAAUUUGGAAUACAAUGAAAAUCUACGCAUACACGGACGAUAUUUCAGGAACGAAAAAAGAGGAUAACGGACACAGUGAUUUAUGUGUGAUCACACAACGUGCUAUAUCAGUUCUAAGUGACAUUUUAAUGCUUGUUAUGUGUCAAAAAAAAACAUUGUCCAAAAUUGUUUUCAUCACGGAUUUCUGGACAACGAACGUUAUGCAUAGUCUUUCCUGUUUGAAUGUUGGUAAUAUAUGAGCUUGUUUUGCAUAUACUCGUUUUAUGAUUAACGGGGCUCCUACAAUCACGAGCACCAUCUGUGCUGAGAUAGCAGGGCG